AUGUUCCGCCGCCUCCCAGUCGGUUUGCCCAAAGACCCAGUCUUUCCCGCAGAUCUGAAAGAAUUGGGAUACUUCGUCAAGGACAAUGACGAGAUUCGCAACAUCGAAAACCCAAGGGCAUACUUCAAGUUCUUCUUGACCAAAAAUGAUCGGUAUAAUUGUCUUCAGCGUGAGGCUAUGAAUGAGGCCAUCCGCAACAUUGUUUCAGAACGCCUUCAGAAACUUGGCCUUGAGAAAAUUAGACUUCCCCUCGAUGCGAAGGCGAACGAGCCUACCCUCCCAAUCUUCAUAUCCUCCGAUAUUAAAACCAAGAAGCGGGUGGUGAUCCUGUUCUACGAACAUACACAAGAUCUAGGUCUCUUCGCACACCGUAUCAUUGGCGGUAAAGGCGGCAUUGACGAGGGCUCUGCGGUGAAUUUUGCGAAGUACAUACAAACCCAGAAGACUUCCGGAGACAAUGAUGACUCCCCUGGCAUCAUUCUGGCGAAUAUGGGACAGUUGAGAUGGUGGCGCCGAGGUAAGAAGGCCGUUACUCAGAAUACUUGGUUUGCGUUGCCUCAAAAGAGCGCAGUUGAGCGGCCGUAUCAAUUUGAUCUGGAGAAGAACACAAUUCGGGGAAACAGAACCACGGAGGAACACGUUGAUUAUAUCUUUAGCGCUGUUGUUGAGCAGCUGGUCGAUCCAGAAGCUUUUCUCGAUGUUAUCGGGGUCUCAGCUGGCGCCAUGCAAGUAUCGCGGUUCCUUGAUAAUCAUGGCAAUUUCAAGAGAUGGGGUGGCCGAAUUGCUGCAUUUGCUGCUGUGGCAACUUGGUUCCACGCACAUGAUAUCAAGAAUGUGGCUCUUGCUGAAUGGCUUGCAGACCGAGGUCGAGUAUAUAUCAUCUCAGACGAGCCGGAUGACACAUUUCUCGCUGGUCCCAAAGGCCGGAAACGUAUCCCUGCCUAUGGUUGCCCUGUAUUCAGCCUCGGCGAGCCGUACUACAGCGAGACGAUGCUACCAAAGGGCUACAAGACGGUUCUUAACUGGUUCCAGGAGGUCGCUGAUGACCUAGAGUAUUUGAAUCCAUCAUUUGAAAGAAUUGAUAUCGGAGGCGAGGAAAGCGACGAAGAGGUGCCGAUGGGUUGGGGCGGAGAGAAUCAGGAUGUUUCAGAUGAACUUCAUGAUAACGACUCCCCAGGCCUGGAAGGAGGUGGAGUUAAGCUGGAGGAGCUAGUAGAUAAUCCAGGGGGAAAUGAUGGCGGAGUAAAAUUGGAGGUAGAUGAGACAAAGUAA